CUACUCUGUGAAACGCGUGUAUCGUGUUUGUAUUCGUGAAUUUAUAUUAAUAAAUACUUUCUUGAAGUGCAAAGUGAGCGACUCAUAAAAGGAUAAACAGUAUUAUACAUUUCUAAAGGUGAUAUGGAUCAGUUAUUUAUUUAAUGUCUUUAUGUUGGAUCAUCAUUUCAAUAUAAUAUAAGAUGAAGACAUCAACUCUUGAAAAAUCACUGAAAAAAAAUGGAUAUCAUUCUGAUGAUGACAAUGUUAGAUAUAAGUUAAAUACAGACUAUUUUAAUAAUAUUGCUAAAUCACCAACUAAACCUUUAAAAAAGCAGGAAAAGUCAAAGAGUGAAGAUGAUGAUAUACGCUAUAAAUUUCCUACAAUCCUGUCUAGACCGAAAAUAGAUCAAAAGUCAAAACCAAAACCUAAGAUAAAGGUAAAUUUCUGGAGCAAUAAACAAACAGGUAGCCGCUUACAUAAUACUGAAACUAAAAGUAAGACAAAUCGCAGACAUACUGUUGGUUCAACAUCUACUGAGACUGUAGUGGUAAAACCAAAAAAUUCUGGUGUCAAAGUCUGUAAACGGGUAUCAUUUCUGCCUUCACCAUUGUUUUCUGAUAACCAUGUACCAAUGGUAACCGUACCAGAUGAUUUAACAAUACAACUAAAUGAGGAAGAAGCUAAUGACUUGGGUGAAGAUUUAAACCUUGCAUUUGUGAAUAGUGAUAGUAGCACAAAUGAACUUUCCACAUCACGCAAACCAAGAAGUUACACUGCACAUACACAAACAAGUCCUAAGGGCACGAAACGUAAAAGAAGUUUAGAUGAUUCUGGACCUAAAAUUUAUGGCAAUGACAAUGAACUGGAAUUUUUCUCAAAGUAUGUGGUGCAAAAAUUGAGAAGAAUGGAAACAAAUCAGCGUAUUUACUCUGAAAACUUGAUAAACACUGUCCUCAUGUUGGGUCAACUUGGCAAAUUAAAUGGCAAAACAAAAAUAACAGAAGUAUAGUUGACAUAUGUUUGUAGUAAAAUAUGUAAUGUAAGUACAUUGGGUCUUGUUUGUUUGUAAAUAACUUCUUAUCUGGAAUCUUUAAUUAAUGACUAUGAUGUACUUAGUAUGUCAAAGACUUCAUUGAUUUCUUUUUUGCUUGUGAAAUUUUUCUAAGAAUGUCACCCUUAUCUAAAGUUUAAAGUUUUGGCAGGCACCUUAAUAAAUUUUUGUUUAUCUUAAGUAAAUAUAAUUGUUUUAUAAAAAUAGUAAAUAAUUGAUACCCUUUACUAUAGCAAAUAAUAUUUUAAUAUUAUUCUGUGAAAAAUGUAAUUUGUACAAUUGUCUGAUACUAAUGAUUGUUGUUUCAAUGUGUACAUAAUGGCUAAUAUCUUGUUUUAGCCUAAAGUGAUUAUGCUCCAUGUUAUUUACAAUAAAUUAUAUAUAUAUAUAAGUACAUAUCAGGUAUUAUGGAUAAUAAAAUUGUGUUCAAUGGAUAUAAUAAUAGGGUAAUUUAGUGUAAUAUAUUGCACCAAGUAAACAUGAAAAUUAAGUUUUGUUUCAUAGACAUAGGAACUAUUUGUUAAUAAUUGUAUCCAUAUUAAUAUUAUGAAUGUAACAGGACCAUUUGUCUGUUCCUCACAUUUUACUCCAAAAUGAAAGUAUUUUUUUUUAUUUGGUGUAGGGAUAAAUUCAGAAACCCAUAAUUUGGUAAGUUUUGGUAUGAUAAUGAGUUUUUUUAACAAAUUUCUACCGAAGUAGUAUUCAUGUGGUUGGCUUUCGGAUAUUACUGUAUUUCAUGUUUUUGUUUUCAUGAUGCAUAUUAAAAAGAUGUCAAUUUGUUAGGAUAGUAAUAAAUAUAUGUUUAUGAUAAUCACAUAUGGGACAGAUUUUACAUAUAUGUUACCAAGAAAUUUUACUUUUUUUUACUUAGAGCAAUGUUUUCUCUUCAACAUUAGAAUAAAAGUCCUAUUGGAUAUAUUUUUGUACAAUUAUCCAUCCUGUUGUAAUAUAAAUAAAAAUAUUCAUUUAGUAGAAGCACAUUGAAUAUAAUUUUGUACGCACUGCAACUGUUGUAAAUCUAUAUUGUUUUACUUACAUAGUAUAAUUACAUAUAAUUGCACAAUGUUAGAGAUGAGAAUAGCAUAUAACAGUGCAAUUACGAACCAGAGAUUACUUAUUUACUGUGAUUUUUUUCACAUGAGUAGCAAUUUUUAAUGGUUAAUUUGCCAUUUUUUUGUUGCCAAUGGUGCUUGGAUAUAAAUUGUACGAAGGUGCUAUUACGCAAGAAAAUUCAUGUCGCCAUGGUUGACACCAGUGCUUCUUCUGGCGUAAGUGGCUUUUAGUAAUCAUUUACUAUAGGUAUAUAACAUAUGCUUGAUUGUCACUUGUUACUAAAAUAAAAUAUAAAUACAUUAGUCUAUAGUAAAAAUACCAUACCAUACCCCAUUAAGAAUAAAACCUAUGGUGGUAAUUUAUUUAAUAUGGAUGCAAAUUAAAUUGUUUUCACUCUUUGUUGUAAUCCCUAUCGGAUUAAAUAAUCAUGUUAAAGCCAAUCUUGUCUGUGAUUUCAUUGUUCCGUAUUUUGUUUAUUAUUUAAUACAGAACAUUAAAUACGUUUGCUACAUUGUAUGUAAUUUGUAAGAAGCAAAGCAAUUUAUUACUGUUGUUGAUUAAAACAAUCAAAUUAUACGUAUUUACAUGUUUUGUUGUUAUAAGCUCAAAAGUGUAGUUUUCCGAUAUACCUAGUUUUGUGCUUGACUUAAUCUUUAAAACAAAUUUAUUUAUAUUUGUGAGAUUGUAUGAACAUAGGUGAAUAUAUUCACCUUAAUAUA